AGCAUUAUAAAAUAACGACUCACGAUAAUCUAAUUUACACCGAAAUUAAAGAAAAAUACUUAUUAAUUCCUAUUUCCAUUUAUGUUUUUUAUAAAAAAACUUUUGAAAGUGAAACUAUUUCAAAAAAAAUCAAACAAUUACCUUUUUUAAAAGAAAAAGAUAAAAUCAUCUUUAUCUUUUAUUCGCAAAAUAAUUCAUACUACUAUUACAAUAUUGAUGACGAUAAAACUAAAAAUUUUACAAAAGAAUAUAAGAUGGUUGAACAUUAUAUUCAAAAAUAUAUGAAUGAUUUUUUCAAAAAGACAGAAGAAAAAAAAAUUGAAAUUAAUCUUGGAAAUAAAUUUACAAUUCAAGAUUUUAUCAAAUCUUAUCGAUCCCGAGAAUUGAAAACCAAGACAACUAACAAAGACAAAUCUAUCUCUGUAAAAACAAGUAGUGGACGUGAAAUUAAUUUAUUAAACACCUUGGUAAUUUCAAGUGACGAUUCUGAUUCUGACAUUGAGAAAAUUGAAGAUUUAAAACCUAAAAACACAUUAAAAAAGAAAAAUAGCGAUGAUGAAUAUCACAUUGUAUCUGAUAAUUCUAACAACAUCGAAUACGAAGUUUAUGAAAAUGAAUUUGAAUUAUUAAAAAGGGAAUCUGAAAAUUUUAUUAACAAUUGGAAUCGUAAAGAAAAUAAAAACAAAAUUUUUAACAAUAAGAAACCAAAAAUUGAUGAAAAUAUUGAUAACAAUAUUGAUGAAACAAAAAUUACAACUCCUUUUUAUAAAAAUCAAGAAUUAUUUGUAAUUGAAAAUUUCCGUAAAGAAACAAAAGUUUAUUAUUUAAACGAAUAG